GCUCUGUCGCUGUUCAAUGUUCAUCCCUUUCCGCUCGAACAAAGAGACGGGACACGGGAGUCGGGCCGGGGGGUGACUAUGGGAGCGAGACUAGGGUUUUAAGUUUUUGCACUUUCUGUCGGAAAUUGAAGACCCUUGGUUUGAUCGAGCGGAGGCGCCCCGUUUCUAUCCCGUUCUUCUCUCCCGGUCGCGCUGAAGGUACCACCGUCUCUUGAUUCCGUCUCAAGAUGAGGAAAACGCAACCCUAGCCUCUCUUGGUUGGUUCCUUAAUUUGAGCUGCAUUACUCGAUGGAGGAUCUUCCUGAGGCACUGCUGGCAGAGAUCGUAAAGAGGAUUACCAGCACAAGUGAUCGGAACUCCCUUUCUCUUGUGUCGAAGUUGAUCUACAGGAUCGAGGCGGAUCAAAGGGGUGCUAUCCGUGUCGGCUACGGCCUUUGCCCUGCUACAGAAGCCUUGUCGUCACUGUGCUCCCGGUUCCCAAAUCUAUGGAAAGUGGAAAUUGAUUACUCUGGUCGGAUACCUGGCCAUGGGAAUCAGUUGGACAACCGAGGCCUCCUUUUGUUUUCAUCCUGCUGCCCCUCACUUGCUGAUCUCACCUUAAGCUCCUGCUCAUACAUCAAUGACUCUGGACUUGGUUAUCUAGCCCAUUGCAAGAAAUUGAUGACCCUUAGGCUGCACUCCGCACCAGGUAUAACUUCAAGUGGGCUUCUCUCAGUGGCUGUUGGUUGCAAGAGUCUAUCUGCUCUCCACCUCAUUGAAUGCAACAGAGUAGGCAGCAUAGAGUGGCUCGAGUACUUUGGUUGGGGCGGAUCGUUGGAAGAACUUGUAGUUAAGAGGUGCAAGGGAAUCAGACAGUAUGACUUCCUGAAGUUUGGUUCAGGAUGGAUGAAGCUCCAGAAGUUUGAGUUUGAGAUGAAGGGAGGAUUUUGGCCUUCUUCUCGUGCCAUGGUUGAGGGUUACGAUCCCUCAUAUGACACUCACACCAUGGCUAGACAUGAUUUAUGCUGUGAGAAAUUGAAGGAUUUGAGGUUGGUGCAAGUUGAAACUUGGCCAGAAACUGGACUCCGCUUUGUCCUGGGGAAGUGCAAAUCAUUGGAGAAGAUUUGUCUGGAGUAUGUUCAUGGUCUAAAUGACAAUGACAUGAUUGCUUUAUCCCGGAGCUGCAACAACCUUAAAAGCAUUUCACUUUGGCUCAGGCCUUGCUUCCACUACAAUCAUGCUUACACGACGUCAUUUACUGAUGACAGUCUUAAGGCUCUAGCUCUCAACUGUCCAAUGCUUCAGAUUGUUGAAUUCACAUUUACAUGUUGUUCUCCUGAUUAUCCAAUAGAAAUAGGAUUCACACAGAAGGGUCUUUUGGUGCUCAUUCAGUCUUGCCCAAUUCGUGUUCUUCUGCUAAAUGGUGCCCACUUCUUCGAUGACCAGGGGAUGAAGGGCCUCUCAUCUGCACAAUUCCUGGAGACACUUGAGCUUGCAGAUUGCGAGGCUGUAACUGAUGCUGGGAUGCGCUUCAUCACGCAUAUGCCGCGCUUGAGUAAUCUCACACUCCGGUGUUGUCAUCAUGUGACUGAUAUUGGAGUUGCUGAACUGGUCCAAGCUCAUAAGUUAGAGUCUCUGAUCAUUGAAUAUUGUCCGAGAGUCUCUCUGCAAACUGUGCAGGGGGCUGCCAGGUUAGUUCACUACUCCACUGAAGUGCCAGACGCCGUCGCUCUUAAAAGAAUGAUCUUGUAAGACUGUUGAUGAAGUGGCCUCCAAACUAAGCAGCUUAAAACCUGUUUCUGAAGUCAUUAAGCUUUGCAUCGUCAGAUAAGGAUGCAUUACCGGACCCAGAUUCAUCUGUUGUUAAACCGUUGUCCUAGCCAUCUCACUUCUCUGAACUUUCUUUUACCUUCUACAUGUACUGCGAUGGUUUGCCAUUGCCCAUUGAGAGUCUUAUGGUGGACUUUUAUGAAUGCAAUCUAUUGUAGCAGACACCACUUAUGUACUGUAGCUACUUCCGUAAUUGUUGUUGCUUAAUUCCCACUCUCUUUACCCUUUCGAAAAAAAACACAGGUCAGCCCCAGGA